CGGAGCGCCUGCCGAGCCUCGCCGCCGCCGCCGCCGCCGCCACAGCCGCGGGCACUAUGGCAUCUGGAGUUACAGUGAAUGAUGAAGUCAUCAAAGUUUUUAAUGAUAUGAAAGUAAGAAAAUCUUCUACACAAGAGGAGAUCAAAAAAAGAAAGAAAGCAGUUCUCUUCUGUUUAAGCGAUGACAAAAGACAAAUCAUUGUAGAGGAAGCAAAGCAGAUCUUGGUGGGUGACAUUGGUGAUACUGUAGAGGACCCCUACACAUCUUUUGUGAAGUUGCUACCUCUGAAUGAUUGCCGAUAUGCUUUGUACGAUGCCACAUACGAAACAAAAGAGUCUAAGAAAGAAGACCUAGUAUUUAUAUUCUGGGCUCCUGAAAGUGCUCCGUUAAAAAGCAAGAUGAUUUAUGCUAGCUCUAAAGAUGCCAUUAAGAAGAAAUUUACAGGUAUUAAACAUGAGUGGCAAGUCAAUGGCUUGGAUGAUAUUAAGGACCGUUCCACACUUGGAGAGAAAUUGGGAGGCAAUGUUGUAGUGUCACUUGAAGGAAAACCAUUAUAAAAUAAUAGUCAAGUGCCAUCUGGAUUUUGCAUUUCUCCAGCUCAGUCCAUGGAAUAGUAUUAGGUUUUUGUUUUAUUUUGUUUUGUUUCUUUCCCCUUUCCACUGGGCCCUUCCAACACAAUGAAUGAAGGAGAGAUCAUUCAUUUAAGAAGCCUGUCAGUGAUUGCCAUUAGACUGUUUAAUACCGUUACUUUUAUGUAGAACCCAAGGAAUGCCUUCCCGUCUUAUUUUAGCCAAACAACUGGUUAUAUGCCUUCCUUGCAGCAAGCACUACAAUGGAUGUGAUUGUCAAUGUGAAUAGCUUAGAGUACUGCGAAGGGUAAGCUAAUUGAAUGUCUUGAAAGUGUUAUCCACUGGUCAGAUGGUCAACUUUUUUCAGUAUUAUUUCUAGUUGCACUUGAUUGCAGUUCUGUGAGACGCUGGAGCAUCCAUACCCCUCACCUGCCUCAGCAAGCCUAUCCUGUGACAUGGCAGCACCAAUUUAACACUAAGCUUUCAAAGCACUUUUUUUUUUUGUAACGAGUUUAAUCCCUUAAUCAAAUGCCAAUUAAGUUUAAUUAACUGUUGUCAAUUUAUUCUGGUACCUCAGUGUUCAUUCCUACUACCUGCCUAUCUUCUGAAGAGGAAUAGCUGUACUGAUGCCUUUUGUUCUCCGUCGAGUGUACACUACUGAAUAAAUGUAGUUUUACGUUUACCAUGCGAGUCUUGAAACACUAAAGAUAGUUUGAGUAUCGGUCAUGAUGGCAAUUUCUGUAUAAAAGAGCCUUAAAUGGAACAUUGUUUUGAGAUCAAACCUUCCCACCCUCAUAAAAAUGGCCACGUUGCAAUAAAAAUUGUGGCAUAUUA